AUGGGUCGCGACCUCCAAAAGAAGAAGCGCCGCUCCGGCCGCCAAAAGAUCAGACAGCCCAACAAGCCCAAACGCCUCCUGAACCCCCUCGGCAACGACAUCAUCGCGAAGAACUGGAACAAGAAGGAGACACUCACCCAGAACUACCGCCGCCUGGGCCUGACGGCGCGCCUCCGCAACCCGACGGGCGGCGUCGAGAAGACGCUCUCCCAGGUCGACAAGCACGCCAACUACGACCCGGCCCGCGACCCCUUCGCCAUCGCGCCCACCGAGCACGCCGUCGUCGACGAGGCCCGCGUCGAGCGCGACGAGGACGGCAAGAUCGUCAGGAUACACUACACCAAGUCGACCCGCGCGAACCCCCUCAACGACCCGCUGAACGACCUCGAGGAGGACUCCGAGGAGGAGGAGGAGAAGGAGGACGAAGAAGAGGAGUGGGGCGGCAUCGACGACGAGAGCCGGCCCGAGGUGAUCCGGCUGCUGGAGAAGGAGGCGUCGCGGGGCGAGCUGAAGAAGCCGAGGCACAUGAGCCAGCAGGAGAGGGAGUGGCUGGAGAGGCUGAUCGCGAAGCACGGCGACGACGCGCAGGCCAUGGCGAGGGAUCGGAAGCUGAACCCCAUGCAGCAGACGGCGGCUGAUAUCGCGCGCAGGAUUAGGAAAUUCAAGGGACAGGCUUGA